AACUGUGUAAACCCUUCACCUCCUCCCCCUCACCUUUCUUCUUUCUCACUCACCUCACACACAAACACAAUGGAGGAACUACAUUUCGUUCUAACAUUCUCUCUCUUACUUCUCCAUUCCUCUCUCCUCAGUGCUUCUCCAAACCCAGAAAUGCAUCCUCUUUUGGACUUCAAAACUUCCUCAGAUACAUCCAACAAGCUCACCACCUGGAACUCCUCCACAGACCCAUGUUCAUGGUACGGUGUCUCUUGCCUCCAAAACAGAGUCUCUCGACUCGUCCUCGAGGGCUUAGACCUUCAUGGCUCUUUCGGACCCUUAACCUCCUUGACCCAUCUCCGAGUUCUGAGUCUCAAGCACAACCGCCUCUCUGGUCCCAUCCCAAAUCUCUCCAACCUUACCGCACUGAAACUAAUUUUUCUGAGCUACAAUGAAUUUUCCGGCGAGUUUCCGUCGUCCGUACAGUCUCUUUUCCGGCUGUACCGUCUUGAUCUGUCGUACAAUAAUAUCUCCGGCGAGGUUCCGCCGGCGGUGAACAGGUUGACUCACCUUCUCACUCUCCGCCUCGAAGAAAACAGUUUUGCAGGUCCGAUUUCGGAGCUCAAUCUCCCCAAUCUGCAAGACUUCAAUGUCUCCGGCAAUAGACUCACUGGCGUUAUACCCACUUCCCUCUCGGGUUUCCCCGAAUCUUCAUUUGCUAACAACCUUGUUCUUUGUGGCCCUCCGUUGUCGAACUGCUCGAAGUUCUCUAGCGAUCCCACUCGACCCGGUUCAUCAGGAGCCAUAGCCUCUCCGGUAAACCCCGGGCCUAAUCCCACUAUAGUGACUUCCUCGCCAAGCUCAAUUCCGGCCAAUACACCGCCGACCAAAUCGGAAAAUUAUCACCACUCUGGCAAUGGCCACAUUAGUUCACUUGCCAUCGUCGCCAUAAUAAUUGGCGAUGUUCUGGUCUUAGCCAUAAUCUCUCUCCUGCUGUACUGCUGUUUCUGCAGAAACAGAGCCAAUAAAUUGUCCCACAAAAAUGGGUCUCAAAUCCUUGAAGGAGAAAAAAUAGUGUACUCCUCAAGCCCAUAUCAAGCUGCACAGACCGGGUUUGAAAGGGGGAAAAUGGUGUUUUUUGAGGGAGCCAAGAGGUUUGAGUUGGAGGAUUUGCUCAGAGCAUCAGCAGAAAUGCUGGGUAAAGGAGGGUUUGGGACAGCAUACAAGGCUAUACUUGAUGAUGGGAAUGUGGUGGCGGUGAAGAGGUUGAAGGAGGCUAAUGUUGGUGGGAGGAGAGAGUUUGAGCAGCACAUGGAGGUGUUGGGAAGGUUGAGGCACCCAAAUUUGGUUAGCUUGAAGGCUUAUUAUUUUGCCAGGGAUGAGAAGUUGCUGGUCUAUGAUUACAUGCCUAAUGGGAACUUGUUUUGGCUACUUCAUGAACUUCAUUUGUCAUAUGUAUCAUUAGAGGGAAAGUUUCCGUCGUCCGUACAGUCUCUUUUCCGGCUGUACCGUCUUGAUCUGUCGUACAAUAAUAUCUCCGGCGAGGUUCCGCCGGCGGUGAACAGGUUGACUCACCUUCUCACUCUCCGCCUCGAAGAAAACAGUUUUGCAGGUCCGAUUUCGGAGCUCAAUCUCCCCAAUCUGCAAGACUUCAAUGUCUCCGGCAAUAGACUCACUGGCGUUAUACCCACUUCCCUCUCGGGUUUCCCCGAAUCUUCAUUUGCUAACAACCUUGUUCUUUGUGGCCCUCCGUUGUCGAACUGCUCGAAGUUCUCUAGCGAUCCCACUCGACCCGGUUCAUCAGGAGCCAUAGCCUCUCCGGUAAACCCCGGGCCUAAUCCCACUAUAGUGACUUCCUCGCCAAGCUCAAUUCCGGCCAAUACACCGCCGACCAAAUCGGAAAAUUAUCACCACUCUGGCAAUGGCCACAUUAGUUCACUUGCCAUCGUCGCCAUAAUAAUUGGCGAUGUUCUGGUCUUAGCCAUAAUCUCUCUCCUGCUGUACUGCUGUUUCUGCAGAAACAGAGCCAAUAAAUUGUCCCACAAAAAUGGGUCUCAAAUCCUUGAAGGAGAAAAAAUAGUGUACUCCUCAAGCCCAUAUCAAGCUGCACAGACCGGGUUUGAAAGGGGGAAAAUGGUGUUUUUUGAGGGAGCCAAGAGGUUUGAGUUGGAGGAUUUGCUCAGAGCAUCAGCAGAAAUGCUGGGUAAAGGAGGGUUUGGGACAGCAUACAAGGCUAUACUUGAUGAUGGGAAUGUGGUGGCGGUGAAGAGGUUGAAGGAGGCUAAUGUUGGUGGGAGGAGAGAGUUUGAGCAGCACAUGGAGGUGUUGGGAAGGUUGAGGCACCCAAAUUUGGUUAGCUUGAAGGCUUAUUAUUUUGCCAGGGAUGAGAAGUUGCUGGUCUAUGAUUACAUGCCUAAUGGGAACUUGUUUUGGCUACUUCAUGGGAAUCGAGGACCGGGGCGAACCCCACUAGACUGGACCACAAGACUCAAGAUUGCUGCUGGUUCAGCUCGAGGACUAGCCUUCCUUCACAAUUCAUGCAAGUCACUUAGACUCAUUCAUGGCAACAUCAAAUCCACUAACCUCCUCAUUGACAAGGCUGGCAAUGCCCGAGUCUCCGACUUUGGCCUCUCAGUCUUCUCAGCACCAAGCUCAGUCCCAAGAGCCAAUGGUUACCGUGCCCCUGAAGCUGUAUUAGACAGUCGAAAAAAUACCCAGAAAUCUGAUGUGUACUCCUUCGGGGUCCUAUUGCUGGAGUUGCUAACAGGUAAAUGUCCAUCUGUGGUUGACAAUGGUGGUCUCGGCACAGGCUAUGGCGGGGUUGUGGAUUUGCCGAGGUGGGUUCAAUCAGUCGUGAGAGAAGAAUGGACAGCUGAGGUGUUUGAUUUGGAACUGAUGAGGUAUAAGGAUAUUGAGGAAGAAAUGGUGGGUUUAUUGCAAAUAGGAAUGGCUUGUACUGCAGCUUCACCAGACCAACGGCCAAAGAUGAGUUACGUCGUGAAAAUGAUCGAGGAGAUACGAGGAGUCGAGGUGUCACCAUCACAUGACUCGGUAUCUGAUUCGCCUUCUGUAUCCGAAGAUACAUGCGGAGCAGCAAGCCAAUGAUCAUGACAAUAUUGAAACUUCAGCAGGAGCAAGUUUUUGGCCAAACCGCUCUGUUAGUUUCACAAAAAUUAGUUUUUUUGGGACAAGUUUUCUCCUUGGUUGGCCAAUUAGUUAUGCAGCUUGUGCUUGCAUGUUUUAUAACAACCGUUGUCAGAUAAUUAAUUCCGUUUUUCUACCGGUAUGCAU